CGGCAAGUUCUUGGUUGAACCACCAACCAACCACCACUCUGGCUCACAUUUCUUCUCUGAGUUGGUUUGAUUCAGUUUUUUUUUUUUUUUUAUAAACACAGAGAAUCAUUUUUUUAAAAGGAAAAAAGAAAAAUCCAAUUUCAUUUGGUUUUCUUUCGUUUUUUUUUUCCAGGACAAAAAUUUCAUUCGGUUUUCAGAACUCAAAUAAUAAAGGUGUUCAUAUUUUGGAGUAUAAAACUAUAAAUUAUCCCUUCCGUGCUCUUUUUCGGUUUUCUAAGCAUUCGUUUCUUCUCUCUCCUCAUCCACUGUUUUCCUCUGUUUCAUACGUCGCCGGAAAACCUCUUCCUUCGGCCGGUGAGUUAUCACCAUUACCGGCGGCCCUAUUCUGUCACUUCAGAGCACGCUGCUUACCACUUUCCAAUCGGCGCAUUUUUAUUUUCAUUUUUUCACUCGUGGUUGGUCGUGAAAGCGCUUGGAUCUCUCUUGUGAGCUGGUUUCACCCUUGUAUUCUUCUUUCUGCGAGAAUGUGGCGAGUCUGGUUGUCUUUGAACACUCUAUUUUAAUCUGUAACCGUAAGGAUCGUGAUCUAGGGUUUACCACUGGGAUUUGGAUAUAGUUUGUGAUUGUUUUCGCGAUUUCUCCUUCAAGUGUGUAAAGACGGAGACCUGCAAGGACCGACUUCGUAAUGAAAUGGUGGAAAGAAGACUUUCUUUAUCCAAGGAAGCUAGACAUGGGCUAGAAUUAUUGAAGCGUAAAAGGCUUCAACGGGCAAAACUCAUCACUGCCACUGAAACAGCUAUUGCUAGCACAAUGACUAGAAGCGGAGGAGAUGCUUUAAGGGCUUCCACUUCAUGUGGGGUCAGGUUUCAUGGCAAUGCAGAUGUUUUCUCCAAGCGGAAGGUGAAUAAGUUUGAGACAAGUGAUCUUGAAUGGACUGAGAAAAUUCCAGAAUGUCCUGUGUAUUCUCCGACAAAAGAGGAAUUUGAGGAUCCUCUGGUUUACUUGCAAAAGAUAGCUCCAGAAGCUUCAAAAUAUGGUAUAUGCAAGAUUAUUUCACCUCUAAGUGCGUCUGUUCCUGCUGGAGUUGUUUUAAUGAAAGAGAAAGCAGGAUUCAAGUUCACAACUAGAGUACAGCCUCUUCGGCUUGCUGAGUGGGACACUGAAGACAAAGUCACAUUUUUCUUGAGUGGAAGCAAUUAUACGUUCCGUGAUUUUGAGAAAAUGGCGAAUAGAGUUUUUGAGCAUAGAUAUUCUAGUGCUGGAUGUCUUCCCGCCACAUUUUUGGAAAAAGAGUUUUGGCAUGAAAUUGCUUGUGGACAGAUGGAAACUGUUGAAUAUGCAUGUGAUGUUGAUGGUAGUGCUUUUUCGUCUUCUCCUACUGAUCAGCUUGGGAACAGCAAAUGGAAUUUAAAGAAAGUUUCACGGUUGCCCAAGUCCAUUUUGCGCCUCUUGGAAACAGCAAUUCCGGGAGUAACAGAACCCAUGCUAUACAUUGGAAUGCUCUUCAGUAUGUUUGCUUGGCAUGUGGAAGAUCAUUAUUUGUACAGUAUAAAUUAUCAUCACUGCGGGGCGCCAAAAACUUGGUAUGGCAUUCCAGGUCAUGCAGCUCUGGAUUUUGAAAGGGUGGUGAGAGAACAUGUGUACUCCAAAGAUAUUCUUUCUAAUGAUGGGGAGGAUGGAGCUUUUGAUGUUCUUCUGGGGAAAACAACUCUGUUCCCUCCAAAUAUUUUGUUGGAUAAUGAAGUGCCUGUCUAUAAAGCCGUUCAAAAGCCGGGGGAAUUUGUAAUAACUUUUCCUAGAGCAUAUCAUGCCGGAUUUAGUCACGGUUUCAACUGUGGAGAAGCAGUGAACUUUGCAAUUGGUGAUUGGUUUCCUUUAGGAGCUAUUGCUAGCCAGCGAUAUGCACUUCUUAACAGGAUGCCUUUACUGCCUCACGAAGAACUAGUAUGCAAAGAAGCAAUGCUUCUUCAUACAAACUCAGAACUUGAAGUUUCAGACUUUCCCUCUGCGGAUCUGUCGGCUCAUAAUUGCAUAAAGAUUUCUUUUGUGAACCUAAUACGCUUUCAGCAUUGUGCUCGUUGGCUUCUAAUGAAAUCGAGGGCUUGUUCGAGUGUUUUUACACAUUCCCACAGCACAAUUCUCUGUAGCCUCUGCAAACGGGAUUGUUAUGUUGCAUAUGUAGACUGUGAGUGUCACAUGCACCUGGUGUGCCUUCGCCAUGAUGUUAAAGCUCUUGGCUUCGCCUGUGGGAGCCAACACACUCUUUAUGUGAGGGAGGAUAUUAGUGAUCUGGAAGCUGCAGCCAAGAGGUUUGAGCAAGAAGGUGGAAUCGUGGAUGAGAUUCUUAAGCAAACCAAGGGUGACAAUAACAUGUAUUCAUAUCCUUUGUCAAAUAUGUUCCAGAGAGCUGAAGCAAAUGGAUAUACUCCUUAUUGCGAGAUAGAAUUUGAUCCUGUUAUUGAACAUUAUUUGACCCCAGAUCAGGCAACAAGUAAUCCCGAGCUCAAUCUACAAAGUCAACUUUUUUCGAGGCACUGCCCAGAUCUUAGACCAGAAGUCUACGAGGCUUCUUUUUCUUCUGCUGCAUCCACCCUGUGUUCUAUUUCAGAACCGAUUAAUAGGUCUUCUGCUCUGAACAAUGACGAUGGGCAUGCUUACUUUAGUUCAGGCUAUAUUGAUUCCGGAGAAUGUUAUGGAGUAUCGAAUAGCGCAUGCCAAUCUUUACUAUCCUCAGCACGGUGUCACGAAACCUCAAGUAAAUCUCAGCGCAAUCUUGAUGAAUUAGAGACGACGCCCAUUGUGGAUAAAGAGGAUAGCGAUUCUGAUUCAGAGAUAUUUAGGGUAAAGCGGCCAUCUUCUCUGAAGGCAGAGAAGAGAAAUUUGAAUGCUACCAUGUCUUUCAAGCAUUCGGACCAACAGGGGCAUAAACGAUUGAAGAAAGUUAAUGAAGGAAGUAGCCCGUCCCAGCCAGUGGAUUGCAGCAGAAGCAACGAUUCAAGUAACAAAAUGAGUCACCCGAUGAAACGGAAAUUUGAAGGUGAAAGAUUGCUGAAGGACAAAUUUGCAGGGGGAAAUGGCAUUCCCAUUUCUAUAAGGUAUAAGAAGCUGGGCAAUGAGGGAGUUGGUAGGGAGCGAGAUCACCGCAGGAAAGAUAGGUUCCCGCAGGCAAUUAGGGAACGACCUCCUAUAGAGAUUGGGCCAAAGCGCCUUAAAGUCCGAGGCCCUUCUUCAUUCUUGAGCUUAGAGAGUCCCGGUUUUGCCUCUAAAUGGUAACGCAGCGCUGGCUGGGCCUACACCUUUGCAGAUUCUGACUUCGCUAACAUCGUCAAUCAGCUAAUGGGCUUUUUCUAACCACACGACAAAAUUCAAAGUGAUUUGAUUCUGGAAGCAGCGGCAAAGAUAUUAACCAUUUAGGAUAAAAGAUAUCACAUUCUUUUUGCAGGGCCUAAGAUUCGGGCAAUCUGCACGGGUGCCGAUCCCUUGUGUUCUCUCGGGCCAAGGUGUUUUUCUAACUCUGCCCUUCUGCAGCUAUCCUGCAUGCUAGAAAUGAAAACCAACCUCGCCCCCCAAAAAGGAAAAAUAGAAGAAAGUUGGUUUAGUGAAAACCCAUGUAAAUUUGUUUUCUUUUGAUCACUUAUUUAGGUCUCUUAUUGUUAGGGUCUCCCCAUUAAUAUCUGAUUAAGUGCUUUCUGCUGCUUCCCCUACCUGAUGUUCAUCCAUUCUUUUUGUAGCAAUAGGUAUCUUUGUACCUAUAACUACUGGAUUACAGUUCAAUGUAAUUCCACUUUUAUCUCAAUUGCUUCAUCUUUGUU